CAACAUCAAGCGGAAAUGAGCGCAGUUGAGUUCAGAAAUUUGUAUUUAAAGACGACUUCAAACUUGCCAGAGUCUAAAAUCGCCAUAGGACUGUUCAAACCUUACAACAUAAGUAGUACUAUAUCAUUCCUCUUCACUUGCACCAUGUGCUCCAUGAGGUUCCUGUUUAUAACCCUCAUUCUUGUGACUGUCCUAACAACUCAAUGUGAGGCGUUUACGGCUGGUUCAGGAGGCUAUAAAGGCAAAAGAUCUAAAGUACGAAAGCAGAGUGAUCAAAGCCUUGAAGCAAUUUGUUCAGCUGCAAGGACUCACUGCCCAGAGUCCAAGAGGUCUUUGGAAGAAGAGAACUAUACAGCAAGGGGAAGAUUCCUGUCUUAAAUAGUUACGUGUUCACAAUGUUGAUAACUAUCAAACGAGCUGCGUAGGGGACAUUAGGAACACAAUAUUAAGCUGAAUAUCGUGAUAUUCUUCUUUGGAGUUGCUGGCAUUUUAUGUUAGCAUAAAUUAAACGAAUGCUAUCCGAUGAAACUGCCAAUAAAAUAAAUUAACAAAUGUUACAAAGAAAAAACCCCGCGUUUACGAGUUUGUGGCUUCGUUUUAUGGAUAAAUGAAUAAAGGGGGUAAGUUUCUAAGAAA